UUAGAAUGGAAAUUGCUUUAUAUGUUGCUAAUGUAAUUUCAUUUUUUUUUUUUCAGGGGGAAUUUCAGUGUCCAUCAAGAGAUCUUGUAAAAUUACAAAGUGCGUUCUAAGUUCAAGUGAAUCUCCAAGUCACACGUCUCUGGCUGAGAAUAAGACCGAAAAUGUUAGUUUGAGGAUAUUUGUUUGUUCUACAUUGUCAUCCACCCAGCAUCAAGAACAGCUCAUCUCUUCUGUAAACCUGGUGCUUGUUGCUCACCAACAAACAUCACAUCUCAGUCAUGCUUUCCUAAAUGUUUUUUACCACAAAUCAUGCCUCUUCUACAUAAGAUUCUCUGCUGUGAGAAUCAUUUAGUUGCAUCACUGCACCUGGAUUCUUAAAUUCGUGACCCACCUGUUCCAUCUCACUUGUUUUCCCUUCUGUUUAAUUUAUUUUACACCAUACAAAUUAGUGCACAGUAUCAUGAUGCUAAGCUUAAAAGAGACUGCAAUGUUUUGAUAAACUCACAUGCAACUGUUAACACCACAAUGCCUUCAUUUCUACUCUCUUGAUUACUGCAAACUACAUCACACAAAUGAAGCACUUUACCAAACUUUUGCCAUUUAUUUAGUGAUGAAUCCAGCUCAUUGUCUGGACAGUAAUCUUAGUUCUAACUGCCAGAAAAGAGAUGAUAACUGUGACACAAUUAAUUCCCCAGAAAUCCAUUCUAAUGCAGUAAAUACACUUGUGACACCUGAGGCAUUAACCUUGGUUGAAGCUUUUGUCAACACUACCUCUAACUCCAUUGGCUGCAAUGCCCACAAAACUCUCCUAUUAUCUCAACUUCUAGCUAAAAAUGCAACUAUUCCUCAGUUGGCUCAAAUUUCUCCUCUUUGUGAAUCUUCAUUAGUUGAAGCUUCUCAUUUUCAGACAUUGCAGGAUUCUUCCAAACCCUGUUUGUUCAAAACUGUCAACGAUGAGAAUAGUCAACACUUACUCUUCUACACAAACAAGAGCAUUCUUAAUAACUCAGUUGCUUCACCUUACUGUGUGAUUAGUGACAAUGUGCAACACAGUACUGUGUCUGUACCACAACAGAAAACUUAUGUUUUAACAAGCUCAAACAAUUGCAGUGUGUCUCUGCCUUAUUCCAAUGUUCCCUCAAUGGUGGCAAGUCCUGGCAGUUCUUUAAUGAUUGCUCAAGCUGAACAUCACAGCUCCAAAGUAUUUCUGAGUGACUCUACCAAAGGUGCCACACCUCCUUUAUUAUCCCCGCUAUCACCUCGUCCUUAUGCUCAAAGUUUGGUUUCUGUUGAAUUGAGCUCUCCGUCUAUUCUAUCUGCCAUUCCAACAGUUUGCCAGUCCUCUGUUUGUGACAUUGACAGUUCUCAUAGAGUUCUCUCUUCAACUCCUGCUGCUGAUAGCACUUACAUCCCCACGAGUGUGUUGGGUGUGUCUACAUGCUCUGUCUUGCCGGGUAACUUGGUCCUCAGUGGGCCACAGACCAAUGGAGUGGUGGCCGGUGCAGAUCUCACAAGCAGCAUCACAGGUGGUAGAAAGUCCCCCAUGGCCAGUCCCUCGUCCACCUCCCUGUCCCCAGUGACCUCUUCCUUGCCCCUAGUAUCGAGCAAGAACAUCUCAUCAGCCAUGACCGUGAGUGGCGGUGGUGGUAAGCACGCUCUGCGUCAGCAGGCGCGCCGCCGCCGACGCAACACGUCCAUCGCGGCAGGCAACUCGCCCCCUAUAACGCGUAUUACCAUGAAGACGUUGUCAGGGGCACAGCAGCUGUGCGGGGCAUCCCAUGUCACAACACAACAACAGCUCUCCACAUCGACGCCCGUGACGAGCUUGUUAACGCUGCCAACGUCACUGCCACUGCAACACCUCCAACAAUUGCAUCAAGCGCAUCUGGAUGUUUCAGCCGCAGCGCCCGUCAUCACACUUCCCCUUACCACCAACGGCUUGAGUAUCUCCAGUGCAGGCGUCAUCUUCUCGAACUCGCUUAGUGCUCAGUACUCAACCCUCCUGAGUGCACGACCCUUAACUAAAGAUAUUCUCACCUCCACUCCACUGUCUCCUUCAGCAACACCGUCUGAAUUACGCAAUGCAUCGCCGGGUAUAUUGUUCAAUGCAUGCAAGAGUGAUGUUGAAACAUCACCCGUGAGGUCCUUCCACAGCUCCAUUGGAUCUGAUUUGAGCUCAAUCGUAAACUCGGCCAUCAAUUCCGUGGUGACAAUCAGUGCGCGUAAUUCCAGCAAUACUAGACUGUCGCCAUCGCCUCUUGCUUCUCGUAACGCCAAUACUACCCUCAAAAAUCUUGUUGCUAAUUCGAAAUCAUUUACUCUAUCGAACAAAAGUUUAUUAACCUACAGUAAUAAUGCCAAGAAUAAAAGUUGCAUUAGCAAACAACUCUCGGUUAACAAAGUGAGCAGCACGAAGGCCAGCACUUCUAGUGCUGUUGAUUCCAAUGUUUCGUUAGGCGUCACUAGUAAGCAAUCCACAGCGCCCUCUAGAACACCUCGGUCAUCUCAGCGCAGCAGCUCUAGACUUGCAUGGACAUCCAUCGCAACACCCACCACGAGUUUAUCUGUCACGCACACAACGACGACCACUACCACUCAUGCCUCCACAUCUUCCUUGUCCUCCACCACGAGCACGUCGCUCAUCACGACCAACCCCUCAUCCUCGUCUGCCAGCAGCACCGUUACCAUCGUCCCAAGUACUACAGCCGUGCCCUGCGUCACCCCUCCGCCCCUAGAAGUUGUGUGUUGCAGCUCUACCACGACACCUAACUUGUCGCCGUCUCUGGCCUCUACCUGCGCACUAACUGGACGCGCGCUCAGAGUGUCGUCAGGGCAGAGCUCGCCAUCAUCGCUCACGGCUGCGCCUUCCACAAUGCAGGAUUAUCUUGCUGCUAUUCCUGGCUUCAAACCCAGGAAAAAGUCGGGCCGAAAGUUGAGCACCGCUGCCCAGCUGGCGCAGAGCAAGGAAGGAAACAUUGACUUGGAGACGCCGGACUCGAUCUUAUGCGGCGUCAACCUGAGACCAACUCUUAACAACCACACCUUCACGCUGCUGUCCCCAGAGCAGCAAGCCAGGCUCAUGCCUCUUAUGCCUCAGCUAGACUUGGAAAACGUUGGAUCAGUUAAAAGUUUCAGACUGGCGUCCGGCAGCCUGAAUAACGAAUUUUUCGGUCGGGCGUGCGAGUCGUGGCGAUGUCGUCUCAACGCCGGCGAGUUCACGCACGACAGUCAAAUGAAGAUGAAGGCUGAGGUCGAAAAAGAGAGACUCAAGCUGGACCCUUGGAAGGUUGCACACUUUGAGCCAGUGUGGGGCGUGAAGCCGUCGGCUCAGCUGCCUCCUCUCUUCACCAGCCCUGCCUUCUCAAGCGGCCGCUCCAGAGGCUUUCAGUCUUCAAAAGUCUCAUCAAAUGCCAAAUUAAAAAACUCUCAUCCUCCGGACAAACUUUUGUUGAUAUUGAAAUUAUUAGCCGAAAGAGAAUCGAGUAGGAAAAAAGCUUCUGAACCUGAAUCCCUUGAAGAUGAGAAGAUUGCUUGCAAGCUGGAAGAUGACAAGGAGGCGUGUUCUAGUGACUGUUUAAUUAUCCCGUCCAAUAUGUUGAUGAAUGACGAAGACUCUAACCAUGAGGACUUGUUGGCAACGCGUAUCAAGGCAGAGUCCUUCAUUGACAGAGUUGAUCACAUCCCAAAUUCCUCUAUCGUCCCCUUUAAAAACGAUCAUGCAGUUACUUCCGUUUCGUGCAAACGAAAAAACUCAUCAUUGGUAUGGAGUAACUCUAUGAAAAAAAUGUGCUUAUCAUCGAUUGUGAGUGAUGCACAUUCAAGAAAAGUUUCUGAUAUUGAGUUAAUUGCUGUUUCUUCGAAUGUGUCGUCUAGUCUCCGCGCGGUUUCUGUUACGUCUAAUGUAACGAACCUGUGCGAUUCAAGUGCUGAAGAACCACCUGUGGUUGUUCCGUCAAGUUCUGAUCGUGCAAUAAUGCUUUCAUCCAGUUCAUCGGAAUCAAUAAUUCGCUGUACAUCUCCUAAUCAGCCUGGUACUGCUUGUUCAACAUUAGACAGCUUGUCCCUCACGGGAGAAGUGAACAUAGUUCGGUCGGACUGCACCAUAACACGCGUGACAGCGCCCGGUGGUAGCUCAGGCAGCAGUUUUGCGUCGAGCGUUCCUGGUUUGGUGUUGCGAAGUAGCGCUGGCAGAUCCGUGGGGCUGUCUUCGCCUAACACUGUCACAAUCAAACCAUCUCUCAGCUCUCAUCCAACCAGACUGAGCGCACGUUUGAGCGGCCGCAACCUCCGCCCCACCAACACUACAGAGAGCACAGCUUUGUCACCUCAGAAAUCGAGUUGCAUUUCUCUGCCUGAAUUUUCAUCUGAAUCUUCUAAGUGCUUCUCUAAUGCGUUGUCCAGUCAAACUUCUCUGCAGUCACUUCAAUCAUCCCGGUCACACUUGACCAUUGAACAGCUUCCUUCCUCCAAGUCUAUCACGUGCCCCGUGUCCUACGUGUCGGCGCUGCCCCAGGUCACAAUACACCCCGUACCUCCCAAGACUACAGCGGCUACCACUUCGUCAGCUCCUCAUCUUACUUCGACCAUCACCUUUACGAGACUCAACUCGGCACUUUCCGCGAGUACUUCUGCUACCGAAAGUUCCUUACCUAGAUCAGUGGCAGAUGUUUCUUCCGCGGGUAGUCUUCUUGUUAUUAGAAAGAUACCUUCAUCAGUUCCACAGAUGAGUGAGUCAAGUGCAGAAAAGGCGAGUCUGUCCAAUGUUAGUGUGAACAGCAGUCGACCCAUUGCCAUAAUCCCAUACCAGCAGCCGACGAGCAACAAUGUUCCUUCUGCACAUCCAACCUUCGCCACUCCUCCCGUCUUGUUAAGAGGUUUACGACUCUUCAGAAUAGCAGAACCUAUAACUCAAGCAAGUGAAGCCUCGUGUAGCGUGGAUCCUUCCAACCAAACAUUGCUUGUUCCUCGUUUAAACACAUCUGCCUGCAACGAGGCCUCCCCUCAGACUGGGCUGAUAUCUAGUAUGGACGGCUCGACUAUGCCAAGCGCGCCCGCAGUUAUAGACGUCGUUAAUUCUAAUAUUUCUUCACCUGGAAAUUUGUUUUAUCAUGGAACACCUCCGCGUGCUGCGUCUGUGCCUCCUAAUAAAACUUCUCUGGUGACUGUCUCGCCCAGACCGAACAGUGUUGGACCUCAACUUAUGUUGGCCUCUCCUUGUUCGCAUGUUGGUGACUCGCAAACUGUUCAUUUAGUUUCUCCUUCUGGCAUCCUCUUGACGCCCAACAUACAGGACCAAGUCACAGAUUUCCGUGUUCCUCCUCAAACUAUCAUUGUUGCCUCGAGGUCUCCAAGCACUAACACGAGUUCUGGUCAUGUGACCAUUGCUAAUCCUGCGCAUUCAGCUGUUGAUGCAACUUCUAAUAUCAUCAAUGUUGAUACAAAUUACGUAAGAUCUGUGAGUAGUAGUGAUACGAACACAAUUCCUCAUUUUGGCACACCUAAUACUUUAAUUACGUCUGUUCCCGGCAGUCAUUUUUUAUCCAAAUGUUGCCCCAGUCCCGAUGAAGAUAGAGGACUGAUUCGUGACGAACAGAAAGAAAUUCCAGAAGUUGCUCACGAAAUUUCUACGACACAUGAGGAUAUCGUGAAGCUCCAUUCACCUGUUACUGAUGUAGAAUCAAUUGCAGCUGAAGAAUUGCCACUUCAAAAUACUGAAGAUCAAGACGAAAAGGAAGAAUUGCCCCGAGGUCAUCUACAACUUCGCUUUAGCAAAAGUCAGCUGGAAAGGUUUAGAGAGGAGUCUUCGGCGCGGUCUGUGGCGUCUGACGACUUGUCAGAGUACACGGACAAAAAUACGGACGUCUUCGAGGACGAAGACGAAGAGGAAAUUGAAGAGGAUGAAGAAGAUGAAGACGAAGAUGAGGAAGAGGAAGACGUAGAUUUUUCUGGAUUAACUAAUACCGAGUUCGCAGCGGAGCAGUUUCAACAUUUAACAGAACAAGAACAGUUGCAAUUAAAACAACUGCAAGAACAACAGAUUCAACUUGAGCGCCAGAUUGAGCAGCAACAGCAGCUACUUCAACUUCAACAGCAGCACCAGGCCCAGCUGCAGUAUCUUGGAGAUCCCGAUGAAGAUCAGCACGGUUUUGUGGAGCGCCUAGACGGUUAUGACGACCAUGAUGAUAGAAGCUCUGGGCAUUACUCAUUGAAACGUUCCAUACAAAACUCCAAGGAGCAAGAAGUUUAUGAUGUUGAGGAUGACGAUGAAGUUGCUGGUUCUCAUGAAUCUGAAGCAGAACAUGAAAUUGUUGAGCUUCAUGAUGAAGAUGAUGAUGGGCCCGAGGACUCUUCUAAACAUCAGAAUCUGCUGUUCGAUGGCGAGAAUGUUCAUGAAUCAUCUGAAAAUAUCGAUGAUAAUUCCAUGGUCGUAAAUAGUUCCCAUGAUAUUGAUAUGUUGGAUAGUAAUGACGCCGUGCCAACUGUCGUAGACUUGGACUUGAAUGGAACGGAAUCACAGCUCGUUGAUACCGAAGAAGAUAAAAGUUUGAGUGCUCCUCCUGGUGACAGUGAUGACGCAGCCGCGAUGGCCGAGGUCAUGGAAGUUGCGUUCUCUGAUAAACAAGAGGAUACUGACGAACGACAAGAAGAAGGGAGCACCAAAGAAGCAAACAAGCGUGACUUGUUCAGUAACACAGUUUCCAGCAUGUCGUUGCGUAGUAGUAGGAGAGUUUCUAUUAAUAAAGCGAUGCAAUCUUCAUCCGAUCGUAGCAAAGGUAAAAAGUCGUCGUCUUCGCAGGCGAUCAACACCACAUCAAUACAGGAUGAGAUGCAGUUGGAAGAAUCUCAUCAUCUGUACGAUGAUUCCAAUUCAUGCAAAGAAGACGAAACUCCUGAUUCAUCUGAGCGUCAAGUUUUGCAGCCAGGCGAACAAGAACCUUCUCAAAAUGAUUCUUUUUGUGACAAGGAAGACAUAGACUGUGUUAAUGUCGCUCAAUACGAAGUUUUCGGCAAAGACAACAAGAUUCUUUGCAGUGACAGAGUCGUAGUUCAACACUCGCCUGGAGUUGUGAAAGGAGAAGAUGACGAAGUGAGCUCCCUGCCUGAUUUAGACGAUUGUAAUCACGACAUGGAGGAACUUGGUAGCCUACAGAAUAUCGACGAUUGUUUAUCAACCAUAGAAUCUCUCGAGAACCUUGAAGAUUGUCCAUCCAAUUUGAACUCCCUCGAUCAAAUUGAUGAUUAUCCUUCAAAUAUUGACUCAUUUGAAAACAUUGACGAGUGUCCAAGCAAUAUUGAUUCAUUAGAUCAGAUCGACGAUUUACCAUCUACGAUCGACUCGCCUAACAAUUUGGAUUCUUUCCCUGAUGAAGAAACUAGACAAUUUGAUAACUGCGACGGCGCUUCUGGUAAUCUGCAAAAGGAGAAUAAAAAUACCGCAUCUGAAGACAACCCCGUUGCUGUAAACGCAAGUCAUCCAAUUCAAGAUCAAGGCGGCAACGGCCAAACUUCUGAAGUUUGCCAAGUUAAAACUGAAGACUUAGAGACUCAUACUAGCGACAUGAGCAUGAUUGAUGAUGCUGGUUUGUCUCAAAGUAACGUGUCCUUGGAUGAAAGUGAAAACAAACUUGAAAAUCCGGAGUCUGUUGAGCUGGAGUCCCACGAGAUAGAAAGCUGUGCCAUGGAUGCACAGGAAGGCCUUGACGUGUCUCCUUCAUCGGCUGAUGGCGAUCAAUGCAUUUCCUUGGAAGCUGACGCUGUUCGACAGCAGCAACAUGAGCCAUUGAUGGCAUGUGCUGUGGUGAAGCAAGAAAUGCCUGACAUACCGCAACAACUACACUUCACUGGGCAAAGUUACGUCUCACCACAGCAUCAGCAGCAUCACCAGUUCCAGCAGAUGAAGCCUUUGCCUCAGCAGCACAUGAUGAUGUAUGGUAAACAGUUCAUCAACUGUAACCCUGGCGGUAUGCAGCCCAUGAUAUACAACAUGAAUGCUGUUAUGCCCUCGCAUAUGAACAAUCAGAUGAUGACAGGCCACAUGACUGCCAAUAAUAUGGAGUCUGCCGCCAUUGGAUCCAAUGGUUUGUCCAACCACGUCAACAUGGGCCACAUGAUCCAAGUUGUGGGUUCGAAUGUCAUGCGUCCAAACAUGGCCAAUGCUAUGAUGACAGGACAUGUGAUUGGCCCGAACCAAAGAUUCCCGGGAUUUUUCAACAACAUGCAGCAGAACAUGAACAGCGCGCAUAUGCAUAUGCACAAUCCCAUGCACAUGAACUUGAAUAAUGUAAAUUCUCAUGCUAACAUGAAUGGCAUGCAACCUACCGUGGUGAAUGGUGGCAAUGGUACCAUGAUGAACAUGGGUAGCGUGGUGGGACCAAUGGGCAACCAGAACUUCGUUGCGUCGAUGAAUGUCAAUAAAUUCGCUAACUCAACGGCGGUGUUAAUGAACAUUUCCCCUCCAAUGAUGCGCAGUAGUAACAAUAACGUUUCCCCUCCAGCGAUACGCACUAGUAACAACAACAAUAAUGACCACAACUCGAUAGUACCCCACGGUAUGGAUGAUACAGAGUGUGGUGGUCAGGUGGACGACGGAUCUGCGGAUGACGGCUGUCCGUGCAACAUGAAGGCUAUGGUCGUGUGUCUGAAAUGCGGAGCGUUUUGUCAUCACGACUGCAUGUCCCCUGGUCGUCUUUGUGGCACGUGUUUAGUGAGAUAAGCUCUCUUCCCCGGGCAUUUUGCCGGGGUUUGGGCGAGUAACCUUGAGCUUUACAAGACUACCACGCAGGGCUGGGAUUAUAGCAAAGCAUUUCCUGCUCGUAUGAGGCGUAGGGGUAAACUCAACCAGAAACUGAACAACUUUGUUCGAAUAAAUGCAUCGCUACUGCCACUAAGAAUGGUUGUGUUAUAGAAGUUCCUACAUCCAGCCCCUCUUUCUUUUCGCUUCUUCUGAAAAGCUAUCGAUUUUGUGUCUGAUCAAGCAAAGAGAACUCAAUAAAAGAGGCUGUGCAAUACGUUUAAAUGUCUGGAAGGGUUGUGCAAUAAUCCUGUAAAAGCCAUCAUCUACUCGGACAUCGCAUGAAAAUACAGCAUAGGAAAAUCUUUCUGCUGCAAUUGUGUUGAUGCAGCGGCUUUACUAUUGAAAUGCUGAACCCAUAGUUAUUGCAGCUUAAACUUGGCGCAAUGAAACUUGUGCUUAGCUCGAAACUUCGACUAAUUUUCUUAUUCAAAUUUAUCCCCUACAUUAUUUUCGUCUUGGAAUUUUUUCAAUUCAAUUUGAGCGAAUUUUUCGUGCUUUUGACAUAGGUAAUUACUUUUUGAUCGACAAAAAGACUAUUUGUUUUGUCACUGUUAUUAGAAAUAUAUACUCUUUUCAAUGCCAGAUCAGAAGCAGAAAUUAUAAAAUGAUUCGCCCUCUGAGAACUCUGAUAGAAAUCUCCUAAUGCGAUGCUAAUUCAAAACUUUCAUUAUAGACAUGCAAAUGUUUUGGACAAAAAUUGUUAUCGUAAUAAGGUUGUAUUCCGUAAUAGUACCGUUCUUUAUACUAUCGUUCUUUCAUUGAAAACUCUGUCAGAUAUUAAAUUACGUGAAUCUU